CCCGGAAGCGGCGGCGCGGCGGCACCGGGGGCCAUGAGCAGCGGGGCCGGGGACGGGAACGGGGACGGGAACGGGGCCGAGAGUGGGGCCGAGCGGCGGGUCCGCAUCGUGGUGGAGUACUGCGAGCCCUGCGGCUUCGAGGCCACGUACCAGGAGCUGGCGAGCGCCGUGCGGGACGAGUACCCCGACAUCGAGAUCGAGUCACGCCUGGGGGGCACCGGUGCCUUUGAGAUCGAGAUCAACGGGCAGCUGGUCUUCUCCAAGCUGGAGAACGGGGGCUUUCCCUACGAGAAGGACCUGAUCGAGGCCAUCCGCAGAGCCCGCAAUGGGGAGCCCCUGGAGAAAAUCACCAACAGCCGCCCCCCCUGCGUCAUCCUGUAGCCCCCCGGGGACAGCGGGGUCCCCCCAGGCUGCCCAGCGCCGCCUUCCUUAACUCCCUGCACGACUGGGGGGCUCAGGAGCCUCCUGGGGACCCCCAGGGUGGCGCUGGGAAGGGCAGAGCUGUGGCACGGGUGGCACUGGGGGUCAUUCUGUCCCCUGCCUGUCCUGCUGUGGCUUGUGGGGUGGGGGGGGGGUCUCCCACCUGCCUUUGCCUUCCCCCCCCUCAUCAGCUGCACCUCCCCGAGGGGCACAGGGUUGGCACCCCCGUUUCUCUGUGCUGGCCUCUCCCCUCCCUCAUCCCCUGGGAACCUGGGGAGCCAGGCUGGGUGUUGGAGCAGCUCCCAGCAGGUUCAUUCCAAGGGGAAUCCACUGGCUGUAACUCCCCUGGGAUUUGUUAAUGAUUAAAGUCCCUCUGGCACUGUUUAAUCCCGGGCAGGGGCUGGCCAUGGGAACCCCAGCCCGGCCCCACAGCCACAGGUGUGUUCACAUCCCCCCUCCUCAUUCCCAGGCUCCCAGCUCCUGCUUCCUGCCUGGAAUGACCCUGCCCUUGGCCUCGGGGCAGGGGGGGUCCCCUAUUUAUUCUAUACUGUGUAUAAACCCAACGGCCUGGGCGGAAUAAAGGAUGGAGAAUGUG